AUGGAGACAGACAUGCUGGAACACAGAUAUUUUGCCUCAUGUGACGUCCUCCUCGGAGCGUCAAAAGGUGGCGUGAGGCCAGAGGAGCAGCGGCUGCAGCUCUGUCGAAAGCUAACCACUACUUCAGCAGAAGCAAGAAACAAGUCCAAGUUUCAGCCAGAGUCAAGCGGCCCGCACCAAGAUAUGAUAGCCAAAAAGGCAGUGGCGCUCUUACGGUGCCUGCUCCACAACUACUAUAUGAAGCAGCCUAGUACCAAGGAAGAAAUGCUGAAGAUUAUCACCAAGAAGUAUGAAAAUGACUUCCCUGAGAUCUUCAGGAAAGCCUCCGAGAAGCUCGAGGAAGCCUUUGCAAUGGAAGUGAGGGAAGUCAACUCCAGUGAGCCCUCAUACAACCUCAUCAGCAAGCUGAAGCUCCCCAACAAUGGGAGGAUUCGUGCUGGCAAAGGCUUACCCAAGACUGGUUUCCUGAUGAGUGUCUUGAGUAUCAUCUUCGUGAGUGGUAAUUGUGCCAGUGAAGAAGACAUAUGGAAAAUCCUGAGGAAGAGGCAGAUCUAUCCAGGGAAGAAACACCGCAUCUUUGGUGAGCCCCGGAAGCUCAUGACCCAGUAUUUUGUGAAGCUGAAGUACCUGGAGUACCGGCAGGUGGCCAACAGUGAUCCUCCACGCUAUGAGUUCCUGUGGGGUCCCCAAGCCUAUGCUGAAAUAAGCAAGAUAAAAGUCCUGGAAUUUUUGGCCAAGAUAAAUGAAACAACACCUAGUGCCAUCGCUGACAUUUACUUCAAGUCUUUGAAAAAUGAGCAAGAACGAGCAGAAGCCCAAGAUGAAGGCGGUUCUGAUACCACUGACUCUGCUAGUAGAGAUUCCCCAGUAAAAUUACCAGCAAGUUCUUCCAUCCCUUUUGAUGUUUGA